AUGGGUCUGUACAAGCCAACGAGACUCAUGUACGGCGUAAGCUCGGCGCCGGCUAUUUGGCAGCGCCUGAUGGAGGAAAUUCUCAGUGGCAUACCGGGCGUCACAGUGUUUAUUGAUGACAUUCGCAUCACCGGGCCGAAUGAUAAAGUGCACCUAGAGCGACUAGCUGAAGUGUUGAAACGGUUGAGUGAAUAUGGAAUGCGUGUGAAUCUCGAUAAGUGCCAGUUUUUUGAGGAAAAGAUCGAGUAUUGUGGAUACAUUAUUGACCGCCGUGGAAUUCACAAAGUGCAGAAGAAAAUUGAUGCUGUGCAGAAUAUGCCUGUUCCUCAGAACAAAGACCAAGUGCGAUCGUUUGUUGGGCUAGUGAACUAUUAUGGACGAUUCUUUCCGCAAUUAAGCACGACAAUCUUUCCGCUCAAUCAACUCUUGCGUAAUGACGUGCCGUUCAAGUGGUCCAAAGUGUGUAAUGAAGCUUUUCAAAAUGUGAAGAAGGAAAUGCAGUCGGAUCGAUUCCUAGUACAUUACAAUCCAGAGUUACCGCUAGUGCUGGCAACCGAUGCAUCGCCUUAUGGAGUCGGCGCGGUUCUCAGUCACAUCUUUCCGGACGGAUCUGAAAGGCCGAUUCAGUAUGCGUCCCAAACGCUCAAUGAAACGCAGCGCAGAUACAAACAAGUAGACCGUGAGGCAUACGCCAUAGUGUUUGGUAUCCGAAAAUUCUACCAGUAUCUGUACGGCCGCAAAUUUGUGCUGUAUACAGACAACGAACCCGUGAAACAAAUAUUCUCUGAAGCGAAAGGUUUGCCAACAAUGUCUGCAUUGCGUAUGCAGCAUUAUGCAACGUUCUUGCAGUCCUUCAACUAUACGAUUAAAUUUCGACCAACGAAGCAGCACUACAACGCAGACGCGUUCUCUCGGCUUCCGCUGAAUGUCAAAACACCAGAUAACGUUGUCGAGGAAAGCGAUUUGCUGGAAGUAAGUAUCAUCGAAACUCUUCCGCUAACAGUUGAAGAGCUGUCGAAAGCAACUGCAAUCGAUAGUUCGGUUAAGAUACUACUACAAGGACUGAAGAAUGGCAAAAUGGUAGACGGUAAGGAGCGAUUUGGAGUGGACCAGAACGAGUUUUCUCUACAGCAAGGCUGUAUAAUGCGGGGCAUUCGGGUGUACGUACCUCCCGAGCUUCGCAGCAAGGUGCUCGCAGAGCUGCAUUCGGCACAUUUCGGUACUACACGUCUCAAAUCGCUUGCCAGAGGCUAUGUUUGGUGGGAAAGAAUCGAUAAGGACAUUGAGGAGUUAGUUAGAAACUGCGCAUCUUGCCAAUCGACGAGACCGAACCCGGUUAAGGUUACAACACAUUGUUGGGAACCUCCCAAGCAACCAUUCGAAAGAGUGCAUGUAGACUUCGCUGGACCUUUCAUGGGAACCUACUUCAUCGUGUUCGUCGACGCCUAUUCCAAAUGGCCAGUGGUCAAAAUCUUGCGAGACAUCACUACAGCAACAACAAUCAACGCCUGCAGGGAAUUCUUCACGACGUACGGAAUACCAUGUGUACUGGUUAGCGAUCAUGGUGUCCAGUUUACAUCAGGUGAGUUUCAGAAGUUUCUAAGGCUGAAUGGCGUUUUCCAUAAAAUGGGUGCCCCAUACCACCCCUCCACCAACGGGCAGGCGGAGAGAUUCAUCCAAACCUUCAAGAAUAAGAUGAAAGCUCUUCGCUGCGACAAAGUGGGAAUGCACAAAGAGCUUUGCAACAUUCUCUUGAAUUACCGGAAAACCAUCCACCCAACUACAGGCAAAUCCCCAUCUAUGAUGUUGUUCAACCGCCAAAUCCGAUCCAGACUCGAUCUAAUGCUGCCUAGCUCGGAGUGUUCGGAUAAAGUUGACACUAAGGUUCGAUCAAUUCCGGAGGGAGGAAGAGUUGCUGCUCGUGACUUUCUGGAUAGCGAAAAAUGGAAGUAUGGAUACGUCGUCGAGAAACUAGGUAAGCUGCAUUACAACGUACAACUCGACGAUAACAGGAUCUGGAAGCGCCACAUUGACCAGCUUCGUGAAGUGGGACAGAACCUUCGCACUGAGCCGUUUGUAGAUCGUCCACCAUCUCCAAGGAACUUGCGGUCGCAUUCACCCCAACAAUCGCCUACUGCGGAGCCAGUGGGCACUCAAAGUGCUGCUUCAUCAACAAGGACAAACGCGGAGUCCCCACAAAAACCACCUGCUUUUUCCAUACCUGAUGACCAACCACCGAUACCAGCGAGAGUACCAGAGGUACCUAUCCGGCCGGACGUAACAGGUGAACCAAGCCGAUCUGAACAGAAGCCAACGCCUAGACGUUCGAAUAGAGUGUCGAAGCCUCCAAGAAGGUUGGACUUAUAG